AUGCUUAGCUCGGGGCCAAGCCAAACCGAAGCAUGGACUCAUGGAGACGCAGCACGCGUGAUCAACAAAGCAGUCAAGGCUCUCGGUUUUAGCCGUUAUGCUGUACAAGGAGGAGAUGUUGGAUCUCUAAUCGCUUCGACCCUGGCCGCAAACUAUUAUGACUCGGUCGCAGCCAUCCAUCUCAAUCUGUUGCCAAGUCUGGACAGGGUCAGCGCCGAUGACUCCUCGUUAUCCAACACGGAAAAAACCGCCAUCGUUCGUGCAGAACAGAGGUUCUUAACCCCAACAAUAGGGGCCGCUAUGCUGCAGAGCACAAGGCCUGCCACAAUUGGGGCCAUGGUUUCGUCCAGUCCCCUCGCUCUAUUGGCGUGGAUUGGCGAGAAAUUUCUUGAAUGGCCCGACGACCCAAUUAAUAUUGAUGAGCUUUUAACUAACGUUUUGCUCUAUUGGUUCACUGAGACGAUGCCGCGAUGUAUCUAUACAUAUCGCGGGACGUUCAUCAAUGGGCAUCAAUAUUCAUUUGCACCAUUCAAGCAGCCAUUUGGCUAUUCCUGGUUCCUGCGGGAGCUUGUCCCCGGUCCAAGGAGGAUAGUUGAGAAAAAAGGAAAUCUAGUCUUCUAUCGGCAGCACGAGAAGGGAGGGCACUUUGCAGCUCUUGAGAGACCUGUUGAAUUUCUUCAAGAUGUUGAAGAUUUCAUUGCCGUCGCUUGGCCUCGUAAUGAUUGA